CGUACAUCUGGAUCGGUUCCGGAGCGUCCGUCCGUCAUUGUUCCAAGUGAAUUCGAGUUCUCGAUAUCUGAAAUUCAAGAGUCAUCAUGUCCAUGGUGGACUUGAACGAGCUGUGGCGCUGGGCAGAGGACGAGCUGGAAUCGUUAUGGGAUCAGGAGAAAGCCAUUGUUGCAUCGCUGCCCGAAAAACACCGCCAUGUCCUCUUUUCGCGGCUGAGUCUCGUCUACCUGCGCUACAUUGUCGUCGCCCGUCAGCUGGACGUCUGUUACAACAGCAUGCUGCACGUCCAGAAACGUCGUGACAUCAGCGCCAUCAUGCGGGCCGUCCUUGGUCGAGUGGUUGAAUUGAAAAACGAGCUGGCCAUUCUUGAUUUUAAUGAAACGCCAUUCAUCGGAGCUGCUCUGGCCCAGCUGAAAUUGUCCCCGGAACAAACCGAUCCGCCGUUGACGCUGUUGGUCAACGGCGAUCGAGACGGAAACGCUUCCGUCCGUUCGGUUAGCGAGACGGAGCGCAAACAGCUUGUCCAGCAAUUGCUGCUCAAAUUGGAGCGCAAUCCACGUCGACAACUGAGCGCCGACAGCGCGUCCAUGACGUGGGAUGAAGCCGUGGCUCUGAUUCAAAUUCACGAACGAGCUCGCCAGGGCCGUCUGCGUUUCAACUUGAUGAAGCAAAUCCGCCAGCAGAAAAUGGUGACCGGACGCGGGUUGCACAAGCUGAAGCCCGCCAUGAACACCUACACGGCCGCUAUCAAAAUCCAAAACGCCUGGCGAAGUUUCUUAGCGCUCAAACGCGUCCGUCAAAUGCGCCAUCAAGAAAUGGUUUUCCUCGGAAUGGUCCCCAAGAACUACAAAGAGAAUGCGGAGAUUACGCGAGCGAAAGAACUGGAUGCAAUGAGAACGCUGAAGCAAACGGAACUCGAAGCGCAAUAUCAAAUCGAGUUGGCAACGCUUCGCGAUCGUCAAAGAGACAAAGACGGAGCGGCUAUCAGAGAAAGUUUCUUGGAGCAAAUUCGACGCUGGUACAUCGAUCAUCGCGAGCAUAGCGGCAAAUUUCCUGACCUUCCAGCCGAGGACGAAGGGGGAUCCAAACUCAUCUACAACAUGGCCGACCGGCCGGUUGAAACGCCCGUUCCCGUCGUCGUGAAAAAAAAAGUAACAGCGCCACCUAUGGCCAAAACUUCCAGCAGCAUGAAACGGGCCGAAGAGGACCGGCCUAAAGGUGUCGACAUGGCACCGUCGCAAUGGCUCGAGAAAAUCGUCUACGAAAAUCAGAAAUAUUACGACGUUUGGAGGGACCGUGCGGAGACGGGUGGGGUCGGCUGGGACCUGGAGCUUCUCAGGGCGCAGGUGUCUGAAGAGCUCAACGACGAAAUGCGAUUGGAAGCGGACAUUAAGGCACGUCGCGAGCUGGAACGAUUGAAAUCCGCCUACGACCGCGAUCGCGGCCGUAAGAGCAAAGGCAAACGGAAAACGGCCCGUAAAGCGGCCAAAAAAUCCAAACGAGGGCGCAAAGAGAAAGAUUUAACUCCGGACCGGACGCUGGAGUCGUUAGUUGAGGAACUAGUCCAAGUCGGCAUCAUCCGCUCCUAUCCAAAAUCCGACAUCCGAGAUUUCCUCGGAUCCAUCGCCGUUGUCGAUCCGCUCAGUCGCAAAUGGAAGCGCGACACUUUCCCUGGACUUGGUGACAUCCGCAGCGCCCUCAUCGAGUAUUGCAUCCUAACCCUGGGCUCGGAGGAGAUCCGCAAGAGGACGCCAUUGACUCGUUCCGUUUUAUUAGCCGGACCGCACGGCUCGGGUAAAAGCUUUUUAAUGCACUCCAUAUGUAACCACAUUGGCGCCACUUUAUUCGACAUCAGCAACUCUUCGUUGAUGGGCCGCUAUCCGGGAAAGGCCGGGAUGACGAUGCUUAUCCAUUUGAUCACUAAACUUUCCAGACUGUUGCAACCAUCCGUAAUCGUCAUCGAAGACGUCGACCGUCUAUUUAUGAAGAAAUCGGUGCGCAUGGAACGAUGGGACAUGCGUCGUAUGAGGAAGGAAUUGCCAAAGAUCCUGAGAGCCAUUGGACCUGAGGAUCGUGUCCUCCUCGUUGGAACAUCGUCCACUCCGUGGGAAUGCGAUCAAAGAAAUCUGUCGCAAGUGUUCCAGCGAAUGAUUGGCAUUCCGCCACCGGAUUACGGGACCCGUUUCACCCUGUGGGAUCAUUUUAUCCGUCAAGCGACACGCUCCUCUCAGUACACAACGACUCCGGCGGAAUUGACGAAUCUGGCACGGAUUUCCGACUCGUACACGCCCGGCUCGAUUGCUCGAUCAGUUUCUGAGAUAUUGAGCGAGCGUCGGAAACAGCUGUUGCCACGUCAGAUAUUACGAGCGGACGAAUUCGUGUCGGCGCUGGCCCGUUGCGAACCGAUUUACAAGGAGGACGAGGAGAAUCUGAGAAUGUGGUACGCCAAAACACCUUGUCGACGGAAGCGCCACCGCAACGCCGAAACCGAAGAGGAGGAGUUCUUGGCUGGCAACGGAAGUGUCAAAGAAAAGAAGAAAAAGAAGAAGAAGAAGAAAGGAUCGAAAAAAAUGGGCGUCAAAUCGACCAAGGCCAAAAAGAAGAGCAAAUAAUAUCGAAGGGAAAUGGCAACCAAUUCCCUUUUUUUUUUCUCGUUCUAUCUCCAAUUUCAAAACGAGAAAAACAAAAAACAAAAACCUAUACCUCAACUGAUAUUUAUGCUAAAUCGGUCGAAAACGAAUUCAUCUUUUGUUUUCGUUUUCUUACCCUGCCUUUUCGUUGUCGACCAAAGGUCGCGUCUGAUCGUUGGUCACCCACUUGUGUUCAAACUCUCGACGACUGUGGAUAGAUACUUUGUUAUUGUCAUUCACAGACACUUUGGAUUUCAAUACAGAUUUACUUCAAUUCA